AUGCGGAUUUUGGAUAUUUGUCUAAUUUUAAUAGUGGCUGUUGUAAUGAAGCCCAACAAUGCCAAACCCUUGGAAACUGGUGAAGUGAAGACCACAGAUGCCUCUCACUUGACGGUUGAACAAUUGAAGGAAUCCAAACGAUUCAAGCUUCUGGAAUUUGCCUAUGAAAAUUUGUGGAAAACACUAUGGAACGAGGAGGUUUUCACAACGAUAAAUGAUUUUUUGCAGAAUCUUAAGGAAUGGACCAAAGAUGAGACUUUGCAACAAUCCGCAAUCAAUGGGGAGUUUGAAGUAGCCUUAGAAAAAUGUAUAGGUCAGCUUAAAGACCUCAGAACGGAUCCAGGAAAUUGUCAAAAGCAGGAAAGUCUAAAAUAUAACAUAGAUAAAAUGGGUUCCAUUUUCGAAUCGGCAAAUGAUACUUUUCCAAGUAAUAUUUGGGGCUUUGAGCAUUUAGCAUUUUCGUAUAGUUUGGAUGAAGUAACGCGUAACUCAUACGAUCAGUACUUUAAGAAAAUCGAGAAGAAAGUUAAGGAAUUUAUUGCGGAGCUAAAUGAAGCGGAAAAACAUAAACAUGCCGAUAUUGAAGAGUGCACCAUCACCAGCAUUUAUGUUCAUAUGAACAACAACGACAAUAAGGUGACAGUUGAUAUUGUCAAAGUUAAUGAUAACGACGAUGUUGAUGAUGCCGAUGACGAUGACGAUGAGAACGACGUUGACGAUGACAACGGCGAUAUCAAUGGUAAUGUUGAUGGUGACGACAACAACAAAUAUGUUGUUGUUGUUGAUGAUGACACUGAUGGUCACAAACAAUGUCGUCAAUGA